GGAAUAAGUGGUAUGUAUGAUGUAAUUUAUAAAGGGAAGAAAGAGAAAGAGAAAGAGAGAAAAUAAGUAAAAAAAAUAAUAUGAAAAGCAAUAGUAGAGUUGUUGAUUUUGGGUUAUGUUCAAACUUAAGGUUAUUAGUAAUGUUAUUAGUAGUGAUUAUGUUUGAACAAAAAUCAAUAAGAUGUGAUGAUAAUAGAGCAGUAGUGAUGGGUGCCAUUGUAGAUGAGAGUAGCCGAGUUGGGAAGGAAGAGAAAAUAGCCAUAACAAUGGCAGUCAAGGAUAUCCACAUAAAGAACUCUCAAAGAGAUCCCAUGAAAGCAGCCCUAGCUGCAAGGCACCUUAUCACAAAAAAAAGGGUGGAAGCCAUUUUAAUGGGUUCGCAUUCAUGGGAAGAUACUUCAUUGGUAGCCAAGGUUGGUAACGAGUAUCACAUCCCGAUUCUCUCGUUAACCGAUCCUAAUCUAAUUCCAAAGUGGGCAACUCAAAUGUGGCCUUCUCUUGUUCAAUUCUCACCAAACAAUAACCUAAACCAAAUGAAAGCCAUAGCUGCUAUAGUACGAUCUUGGGAGUGGUAUCAAGUGACUCUAAUCUAUGAAGAAAACUCAAUGAGCAUCAAUGAUGUUUUACCUCAUCUCUCUUCAUCCCUCCAAGAAGUAGGCGCUAAGAUUAGCCAGCUAGUGUCACUUCCACCAUUUUUCUCUUCUUCUUCCAUGACAGACCAACUUGAAAGGCUCAAAGAAAACCAAAGUAAAGUCUUUGUGGUUCAUUCAUCUGUCGAAUUUGCACUCAAAUUGUUUGAUAAGGCCAGAGAAAUGAAAAUGGUGGAAAUGGAAUAUGUAUGGAUCACAACUGAUUCUAUUACUAGCUUUGUUCAUUCCUUCAAUGCCUCAACUUUCUCCUCUAUGCAAGGUGUUCUAGGGCUCAAGAGCUAUUUUCGUGAAGAAGAUGAUGAUGAGCCUCAUUGGCAACACUUCUACCAUAAAUUUCGCAAAAGAUUUAGCUCUGAAUAUCCAAAGGAGUAUAGCCAUGAGCCUGGUAUGUUUGCAACCCAAGCAUAUGAUGCUGCUAGGGCAAUGGCUCUAGCUGUCACCAAAAAAGCUUUUUCUAAUAGUGGCCAUAAAGAUAGACAAGAAGUGUUAGGUCAAAUUUUGAAAAGUGAUCAUUUUCAUGGCUUAAGUAGUAGUAACCAACAUAUAUUUCAAAUUAUAAAUGUGUUUGGAAAGAGUUAUAGAGAGUUAGGGUUUUGGUCAGACGAGUUUGGUUUCUCAAAAACCAUUGAAGGUGGUAAUAACAAAUCUUCGUUGAAAGAUUUAGGACAAGUAAUGUUCUGGCCAGGGGGAGAUUGGAAAACUCCAAAAGGAUGGACUACACCAACGAUUUCUAACCCUUUGAAAAUUGGUGUACCAAAUACAUCAUUAUUUGAUAAGUUUCUCAAUGUGAAAAUGGGCGAGGAACACAGCUUGGACUCAACAAAAAUCUUCAAUAAUGUUUCUUUUAGUGGAUUUGUAAUCGAUGUCUUCGAAGAGAUAGUAGACAAACUUUCCUUUUCUUUGCCAUAUACUCUCAUCCCUUUCAAUGACACAUACGAUAAACUAGUGGAGAAAAUUUACUUGAAGGAAUUUGAUGCAGUGGUGGGUGAUGUAUCAAUAGUGGCAGAUCGGUAUAAACAUGCAGAAUUCACACUUCCAUACACACAAACUGGGUUGGUGAUGAUUGUUCCUGUUCGAUCGAAAACAUCAAAUAGAGCAUGGUUAUUUCUAAAGCCUUUUACAAUGUCAAUGUGGCUUUUUAUAGUAAUUGUCAAUAUCUACAAUGGAUUUGUUGUAUGGCUUAUUGAACGAAACUACUGCCCUCAACUCAAAGACUCCCCCAUUCUGGAUCAAAUUGGAACCCUAUUUUGGUUGGCCUUCUCCACACUUUUCUCCCUACAUGGUGAUAAGUUACACAGUAAUUUGUCACGGAUGACAAUGUUGGUAUGGCUAUUUGUGGCUCUAGUGAUAACACAAACAUACACAGCCAACCUUACGAGUAUGCUGACCGUACAACAGCUCGAACCAGAUAUUGGAGCACUACACAGUAGUAAGGCCGUGUUUGGCUAUUGUAGAGGAUCUUAUCUCCAAAGGUACUUAGUAGACGUUUUGAAAUUACACCCAAAUCAAAUUAAGAAUUUUACCACACAAGAUCAAUAUGCUGAAGCCCUUCGAAUCAAACAAGUUGCUGGUGUUUUUCUUGAACUUCCUCUCGCCAAACUUUUCCUUGCCAAACACUGCAAAGGCUUCACCAUGAUUGAACCAACCUACAAAGUUGGAGGUUUUGGAUUUGCAUUUCCAAAAGAGUCUCCAUUACUUCCAAGUAUAAACAAGGCCUUAUUGGAAGUUUCUGAAAAAGGAAAGCUAUUAGAAUUGGAGAAAACCAUGCUUGAGUCUGAGAAUUGCACAUGCAUAAGAAAAGAAUAUGGCAAUGAUGAUGAUGAACCUCCUAGUUUAAGCCUCAAGAGUUUUUGGGUGCUGUUUGUGUUCACAAUAGCCACAUCAACAAUUGCUCUUGUAAUCUACAUUUUUUAUUUAUGCAAAUCUAUGUUUAAACUCCAAGCUGUUUGGUACUGGCUAAUGAUGAAAUCCACCACCAAUCAAAGAGCCCGCCUUGUUCAUCCUUUUGUUUAGCCCACCAUCUUUGCCACGAUUCUUAACUUUUUUACCCUUAUUAAUUGUGUACAUAUACACACACUAAUGCCAUCUCUCUUUAGUGAAAUUGUAAUUGUCUAGACCUUUAAUUUUAUAAAUUUUAAUUAAUAUUAUUUUUUUUAAAUUGUUUUUAUUGUUGUUAUUUUGGGAGCUCUAGGCUUAGAUUUGGCCCGCCUUAGUUUACCUUCUCUUAAAUUUUUGAUACAUAUGUAGUGUUUUUGUACCAUAAUAAUCAUAUAUACAAUAUUUACUUUAACCUCUUA